AUGCGGCAUAAGGUGGGAUCCGGUCCGAGGAAACCAUCUAGCGGACGGAGGGGGAAGCAAUCUUCGGGGGGGAAUAGGCCGAAGCGCGGCAAAGAAGGCCCUGGUGAAGCGGAUGUUGAGGACGAGGGGGAUGGGGAGGAGGAGGCCGAGGAGGAUGCGGAGGAGGAGGACGAGGAUGCAGGGGAGGGAGAAAAGGACGAGGAUGAGCAGGAGGGCGACGAUGAUGAGGAGGAGGAGGAGGAGGAGGAGGAGGAUGAGGAUGAGGACGAUGAGGAGGACGAUGAGGGGGACGACGAGGAUGAGGAGCAGGAGGAGGAGGAGGAGGAUGAGGAUGAGGAGGAGGAGGAGGAGGAGGAGGAGGAGGAGGAGGAGGAGGAGGAGGAGGAGGAGGAGGAGGAGGAGGAGCAAGAGGAGGAGGAGGAGGAGGAGGAAGAGGAGGAGGAGGACGACGAGGAGGAAGAGGAGGUGGAGGAAGGGGCGGAUGAGGAGGAGGAGGAGGAGGAGCCGGCAGGGAAAGGACGGGGCGCGCGAGGCGGACGGGGGAGUGGCACAGGGAAGGUGGGGGGCCGGCAUUGGGCCACCGCCCGGGGCAGGGCGGUCUCCCCCCUCGCCGGUCCAUCGCGUGUGCAUCAACCAAGCACCUUUGCCAAUCCCUUCCCUGAGCUUCCCUUUUCCCGCCAGCGUGAUAGUGUGAGGGCACACGGUGCUGCUGCAGAAGACGUUGAUCCCCUUGGCCAGAGAGGGGUUUCUACACACCCUUUUCCGGAUGUCAUGGAUGCGCUGGCUGAAGGUGCAGAGCACGGGCAGUUUGUUACACGAGACGAGUUCCAGCAGCUACGGUCUGAGAUGUACGCCAUGUUUGCUCAGCUCGGCCUGCGUCGGGGAGCAACUGCCAGCUAUGCCGGGGGGGCCGCAGUGGUGCCGAUGGGUGGUACCCCGCCGCCGAUGAGUGCCGUGGACAAGGCACGUGUGCUUGUGCUGCAGGAGACCAACCCAUUCCCGGUAUGUGGCGGGUUGGGGUUGACACGGCGGACGCAAGAGGGUGUGACGUGGCGGGAUGUGUGGCUUGGUGCUGACGUGGCACCUUGGAAGGGCACACGGGAGCGGCGCUCAACGAGGCGCCGCGUGUCAGGUGGGUGGGGUGUGACGUGGCAUGGGGUGGGCGGGUGUGACGUGGCACGUGGGGCUGGCUGCUACCUGACGUGGCGGAUGCAGGAGGGUGUGCCGUGGCGGGAUGUGUGGCUUGGUGCUGACGUGGCGGCUUGGAAGGGUACACGGGAGCGGCGCGUGACGACGCUACACGUGUGCGGUGGGUGGCUUGGUGACGUGGCAUGGGGUGGGCGGGUAUGA